AUGGCGUUUGCUGGUCAUCAAGGUGAAGGAGGACGUCGACAGCGAGGCGUCCGGAUCCGUCCACGCCGCCGCCGCCUCCUCCAGCCUGGAGAUGCACGACGCCGAAUCCCGGUGCAGCGGCCAGCUGGCGGGGCUGGCGGGGCAGGGAGGGGACCGGGGCGCUCUAGUUCGCCCAGUCGCGGAGAGUGGUGCCGGCGAACCUGGCAGGCCAACUUCGCUGCCAAAAUUGGAGGUAGCUGAAAACCAAGCCCUGGUGCAGCGCGCGUCUAGCGAGUCCCUCAACACCUACGUGCGGCGGAAGGCGUGCACCAUUAUGCACACGGUCGCCAAGAACAUGGCCUGGUUCGAGAGACAGGACGCCGCUCGAAACGCGGCGGGGAGCCGCGAACGGCUGCUGCAGCAGGUGUCGCGAGUGGCGGCCUACACGGCGGCGAGCCGCCACCUCCGGCACGCCACGAGCCUCUACGUCGUGGCCAGCAUAGCCAGCCGGCGCGCACGCAGGGGGGUUGGCAGGUACAGGAAGCUGGACUGCCCGCCGCGCCCUGUCGAGCCCGUUCCCGUGGAGCCACCCCCUAGGUUGGCGAUGAAGGCGCACCGACUGCACAGUGCUGCGCCGCCCAGCACGCCGCCAGCCACACCACCCAGUGCGCCAGCCGUGCACAUCAACGACUUGCCCAAGGACCUGCUGCUCAAGAUCCUCUCCGAGCUGGACCAACGCGAACUCAGCCUCCACGUGGCACCCGUGUGCAGGGCCUGGCAUCGUCUCGCCAGGAGCCGCCAAUUUUGGCGGGAGAUCACGUUUGACGCGGCCUUCCACCACUACUCCGCGCAGAGCGUGUGCCAACUGUUGCGGGCGACCCCUGGGCUCUGGACGCUGGAGCUCGUGGCAUGCCGCGACGUGGACCUCAUCCUCGCCCAGGUGUGCGAGUCGUGCCGCAAGCUGCGCACCCUGGUGCUGGACUCGUGCAACGUGUCGCAGCGACGGCAGGCGGCGCACCUGCAGGUCGGCGCCGAAGGAAAGGAGAGCGUGCUGGAGUCCGUGCUGGAGCAGUGCGUCUGCCUGCAGUACCUCAUCGUGGCCUUCACGCCCCACCUCUACACGGACGGCUUCUUCAGCCUGCUCGGCCGCCGCUGCUGGAGCAUGCAGUGCUUCCUGGUGAGCGCCGACGACGCUGAUGUGCGCAAGUUCUGCGAGUCGCUGAGCGCCGAGGACGCGGAGUGCGGGGGCGGGGCUGAGGCGCUGCUCGUGUCCUUGACGGGGUCCUGGACGCGCACCGUGCCGCCCCCCGUUUGCCCCGUGACCACGGCCAGCGACAACUGCCACGUCGCGCACCCUCCCAGCCCGAGGGAGGCGGCGGGGCUGCGGCGACGGGUGACGGCCGUGCACACCAGGAACCGCCUGCUGAGGGUGCUGGCGCUGCGGCCCGACCCCCACAGGGAGCUGCGGCUGCUGCAGUGGCGCCUGGCCGACAGUCACGCCACGCUAGACUACUUCGGCGUGGAGGCGCGGCUCUGUUUGCAGUGACACCACAGGGUUUGGAUUUGGACACGACAGCUUCAGUUGCAACCAGUUUAUUCACGGACGGCAAACGACUGACUAGACAAAUUGACAGGAAAAAGUCAUCAAAUAACAGGAAAAAAUUAGAAUACAGAACACUAUGAAUACAGUUGUAUGAUUAAACAUUACACUUACACUAAAAAAAAAACCAUGAAUACUGAACACUUUGAAUACAGUUGUAUGAUUAAACAUUACACAUACACUUUUCAAAAAAAAAAAAAAAUUAAAAUGAGUGUACAGCUACUGCGAGCUACUGUAUGCUAAUUUCCAAAGCUAACUAUGUUUCAGAAUAGAAAAAACAUUAUUUCA